UACGCGUGUCCUCUGACAUCAGCCACCUUCCCUGUUUCUCUGCACUCAAAUCAAAUUCUGGCAGAUGAAAAAUGAACCUCUCCCCCACCCUUGCUGCCUCCUUUUGCCUCACACCCCCAGAAAAGGGUUGCUCCGCCAAGCAGAGGGUGAAGGUUUUUUUCCAAGUCACAUGAUCCAGGAUGCAUGGGGAAAAUCCUUGGAACUGAGAUGGGCCCAGAACCGAAUCUGAUGAGGAGAGAGAUAAGGUGUGAUGCGGGGCUGCCUAUAUAAAGCAUGGAGCCCGGGCUGCAGCGAGCACCCUUCCGCAGGACCCCUUCCUCUCAGCCAGCCAUGCAGGUGCCACCUGGCUCCGUGGCCGGCCACUGGGGAGCCACAAGCCGCAGCUACUUCUACCUCACCACAGCCGUGCUGGUUCUGUGUCUGGUCGUCACAGUGGCAACCAUCAUGGUGCUAGUGGUACAGAGGACGGACUCCAUUCCCAGCCCACCUGACACUGUUCCCCUUAAAGGAGGGAAUUGCUCAGAGGACCUCCUAUGUAUUCUGAAAAAGGCUCCAUUCAAGAAGUCAUGGGCCUACCUCCAAGUGUCGAAGUACCUCAACAAUUCCAAGCUCUCUUGGAACCCUGACGGUAUCAUCCACGAAGUCAGAUACCGGGACGGGGAUCUGGUCAUCCAGUUCCCAGGCUGGUACUUCAUCAUGUGCCAAGUUCAGUUCCUCAUGCAAUGCUCAAAUCGUUCCGUGGACCUGAAGUUAGAGCUCCGUGUCAACAAAAUAGUCAAGAAACAGGCCCUCGUGACAGUAUGUGAGGCCGGAGUACACACCAAAAGCAUAUACCAGAAUCUCUCUCAGUUCUUACUUGAUUACUUGCAGGUCAACACAACCGUAUCAGUCACAGUGGAUCAAUUCCAAUAUGUGGAUACAGUCACCUUUCCCCUUGACAAUGUGCUGUCCAUCUUCUUGUACAGCAGUUCAGACUGAACCAUUUCACUUGGCCUUCAAGAAGAAAGCAACUCUCAACCAUACAAUACUGCAUCCAUCCAAACACUUGGGAAAAAAAAAGACUGAAAUCACAAAAAAAUGAAUUAAAUAGUAUAGUUUUCUCCUUGUAUGUCUUGGAAAGAUACAACUCCAAGGUUUAAAAAAAAGUAAGGUAUCUUUCAGAGGCAAACAGGGAAGCAAUGUGGUAUGAUUGACAGAGAGGCGCUAGGGAAUCAGAAGGGACUGGGUUGCUCCAACUCAACCACUAAUUCACUAUUUGAUGCUGAUCUAUUCUUUCCUUUCCUUGGAGCUCAGGAUACAGAUCUGAAUAACUAAGAGGACUGGGUUUGAAUUUUGUUCCAAAAAUGUUUUCACCUCUGAAGAUCAGAUUUGUAAGCUGAGAUUCUGGAUAAGUGUUCUGGAAGUUCACAACCAAAGGAAGGACCCAUAUACCAAUAUAAAAACUAUGGCACCCCCAACAUCCGGCUGCACUUUCUUUUAGCUGGUCAUAAGGACAAGGUUCAAGGCACCUUGUAGAAUGCUCCCAUGUUCAGCCAACCCUCUGCCAGCUUGUAAUGGUCAAAGUGAUGACGUCAUUUAGCAGGGCAAAGCUGCUUCCACCUCCUUGGUAAUUGAUGUAUAUUUCCUACUUCCAACUCGUGAGAGACAAUUCUGUGAGGGUCUUUAAUCCCCUACAAAGUUGUUGACAGAAAACAGGAACCCUGAAAAUGGUGAAAACUUCGAACCUACAGCUAUUUCCUCUCCUGACUCCAGGGCCAUGAGAUUUCUCUUAACUACAACAAAUUUGACUUUCCUCCUUCAUCCUUUUGGAUGACUCCUUAUUUGUUGAAGUAGGUCUUUGACAAACUAUUUCAGUUGCUGUGAGCCCUUGGGCUUUGAGGUAUCCUCAAAAGAAAAGAGGCCUCCUUGGGUAUUAUGCAAAAAAAAAAAAAAGCAAAAUUUGCAUUUUUUCAAGGAAGAGAAAAGACUGUCAAAGAAAAGGUUUAAAGAAGAAAGAAUAACAGUUGUGGUACAGAUGAGAGGGCUGUGGGUAAACAAAAAUGACCAAAGGAAAACAUCAUUAGGUCAUUUCCUGAGCAGGAGCCAUGCCAACUUCCUCCUCGGUCUCCUCUAUGAAAUGUUCAGUAAAACUUUACAUUUCUCUUCACCCUUUUUAUUGAGUAGGUUCUUCAGGAGGAAUAUGCAUUGGAAUAGGCCUUGAAUUUCCCAAGCCAAGUGGUAUGUAGUCAAAUAGGAACAGCUUUUGAGAACACAGAGCUGGAAAGAAACGCACAUCUGCAUUUGAGUUGUAUUCAAAUGUAGGACAAAUGAAUCUUCAUAAAUUCCUUCAUUCUUGAAAAGUUAUGUAACCUAAGUGUGUAUAAACUAAUGUUUCUAAUCUCAGUUCCUAUCACACAGUGCUCAGAGAAUCAACAACAAAAGAUACAAGGAGCACAUUUAAAGAAUAAUAUGGCAGGCUAAAUGUGGUAGCUCACAGCUGUAAUCCCAGCUACUUGAGAGCCUGAGAUUAAGAGACUCUGAGUUUAAGGCCAAAACAGUCAAAAAGUUAGUAAUCUAUAUUUCAAAGAGUAAACCAAAUAUAGUGAUUUGGUACAAUAAUCCCAGCUACAUAGUAGGCAGAGGUGGAAGUAUCAGGAACCAAGUUUGGACCUGGGAAAAAGCAGGACAACUUAACUAAAAAAUAACUAAAAAUCAAAAAGGGCUAGUAGUAUGGCUCAAGUGAUAGA